GACUUCGCCAAAAAAAAAACUUUUUUUCUCCCAAUCACAAACAAACCAGCAACCCUAAAGACAUUCAACAGUCAUACGGCGAUAAGUAACUUUGCUCACUACGGCGAUUUUUCUUUUACGCCGCGAAGGGCCAGUUUGGAAGUGUGGUCCGAACUUGGAAGAUGGCGACCAUUAGUAUAAUGAAAAUCACUCUUUUUCGGUCGGGGUUAAUUUUGUGGGCGUUGUCCUUGCUACCUUAUUCCCGCUGUCAACAAAAAGAACUGAUAUUUACAGAUCUGCAUAGCCCCAGAGACACUCAAAGUCGAUGUUAUGACGAAUUCCGUCGACCCCAGCGUUGCAUUCCUGAAUUUGUGAAUGCUGCCUUCAAUGUGCGGGUGGAAGCGACAAACACGUGCGGGACGAGGGGCCCUACGGAGUACUGUCUUCAGACAGGGGUAACUGGGGCGCAAAAGUCAUGUGAGAUCUGCGAUGCAUCCUUCCCCCAGUUAGCGCAUCCUCCGGAUUAUUUGACAGAUUUUAAUAAUAAUGAUAACCAAACGUGGUGGCAGAGUGAAACUAUGUACGAAGGAAUACAAUACCCUAAUCGGGUGAAUCUUACCCU